ACCAGAACAUAGACAUCUCUCUCUCUCUCUCUCUCUCUCUCUCUCUCUCUCUCUCCCUCUCCCCCUUUCCCUCCCCCCUCUCUCUCCCGCUCUCCCCCCAUCUCUCUCUCCCUCUCACCCUCAUAAUUAGUCAUUACAUGCACUGAAAUCAAGAACAGAUUUAGCUGCAAGCUGAGCUUUAGUUCAGAGUAAUGGAGCAUGCAGAGAACAAAGUAAUGUCUCCACCAGCGGCAGCAUCAUCCUCCACAAGAAACUCACGGGGCUCGCUUGAAGUCUUCAAUCCAUCGACUUAUAAUCGCCCGAGUAAUUACCAAGUCUUCCGGCCACAAUCUUCCUGGAAAAACUGGACUGACAAGAGCACUGAACCACCGGAAAAUAUCUCUGGCAGACAUAAUGAUGCCUCUGAUAAGGUCACCUCAUGGAUGGCACUCAAAGACUCAACACCACCGCCACAGUUGGUGAUUAACGAGGGCCUUAAAUCCCCCAUUGGAGGUGGUUCUGUGGCUCAGAGAGCAGCAGAGUGGGGAUUAGUACUGAAGACAGAUGAUGAGACUGGAAAGUUAAAGGGUGUCAAGGUGAGAAACUCUGGUGGUGAUGAGCCUAACAAUAAUAAAACUGUUGCUUCGACAUCGAGAAAGAACUCAAGUACCUCAGUUAGAAGCUCUGGUGAUUUAUCCGAUGAUGGAGAUAAAGGGAUUCCGAGGGUGUCUGAAGACUUGAAGGAUGCGUUAUCAGCCUUUCAACAAACAUUUGUAGUAUCAGAUGCAACAAAGCCAGAUUAUCCAAUACUCUAUGCAAGUGCUGGUUUCUUUAAAAUGACUGGCUACACACCUAAAGAAGUUAUUGGCAGAAACUGUCGAUUCAUGCAGGGUGCAGAUACGAAUCCAGAAGAUGUGGCAAAGAUCAGAGAAGCACUACAAGAAGGGAAGACAUAUUGUGGGAGGCUGUUGAAUUACAAGAAAGAUGGGUCGCCUUUUUGGAACCUUCUCACCGUUUCUCCUAUCAAGGAUGAAACUGGCAAAACUCUCAAAUUCAUCGGAAUGCAAGUGGAGGUGAGCAAGCACACAGAAGGUUCUAAGGAGAACAUGCUCCGUCCCAAUGGAUUACCUGAAUCUUUAAUUCGAUACGAUGCUCGACAGAAAGAGAUGGCAUCGACUUCUGUAACAGAACUAUUGGAAGCAGUGGAAAGGCCUGAAUCAAUGAAUGUUCGACCUCUAAUACGAAGAUCAUCUGAUCAAGGCACUGACAAGGAUCAAUUAGAUGGUCUUGGCAAGUACUAUACAGCUGUUACGACAGCUCCUCCUCCUAGGAGAAACUCUCAUGCUGGUAUCCGGACCUCAAUGCAGAGGAUCAAUGAAGUACCGGAUAAAAAACCAAAAAAGACUUCGCGACGCCAUUCUUUCAUGGGGAUUAUUAAGAAACGACGAGCUAGUAAUGAAAGUGAUGAUCAUCAGUUCAAAGAUUUAUCUCUUGAAGAUGGAGAAGAUGAUGAUGACGACGACAUCAGUGUGCCAAAUGGUGAUGAUGAGCGACCAGGAAGUUUGGAUGACAAAGUAAAGCAAAAGGAGAAAAGAAAAGGACUUGAUCUUGCUACUACUCUUGAACGUAUCGAGAAAAACUUUGUCAUUACUGAUCCAAGACUGCCUGAUAAUCCUAUAAUAUUUGCAUCAGAUAGCUUCUUGGAGUUGACAGAGUACAGUCGUGAAGAAAUCUUAGGAAGAAAUUGCAGGUUUCUUCAAGGGCCUGAAACUGAUCCAGCUACUGUAAAAAAAAUAAGAGAAGCUAUUGAUAGCCAGAAGGAAGUUACUGUUCAGCUUAUCAACUACACCAAAACUGGCAAAAAGUUCUGGAAUCUGUUUCAUCUGCAGCCUAUGCGUGAUCAUAAGGGAGAUGUUCAGUAUUUUAUAGGGGUACAACUAGAUGGAAGUCAGCAUGUCGAGCCACUUCACAGCUGUAUACCCGAGACAACUGCUACAGAGAGCGCAGUACAGGUGAAAGAAACUGCAGUGAACGUUGAUGAAGCAGUGAGAGAACUUCCAGAUGCUAAUUCGAAACCGGAAGAUUUAUGGAGAAACCACUCGAAAACGGUUCAUGCUAAACCUCAUAAAAAGGAUAGCUCUGCUUGGAAGGCUAUUGAGAAGAUUCUUGAUAAUGGAGAACAGCUUGCUUUGAAGCACUUUAGGCCAGUAAAACCUCUGGGAUCUGGUGACACCGGAAGUGUGCAUUUGGUGGAAUUGUGUGGUACGGGUGAAUAUUUUGCAAUGAAAGCCAUGGAUAAAAGUGUGAUGCUUAACCGCAACAAGGUCCAUAGAGCUUGUGCAGAAAGAGAAAUCCUAGACAUGUUGGACCACCCUUUUCUUCCUGCCUUGUAUGCUUCAUUUCAGACCAAAACACAUAUUUGUCUUAUAACUGAUUAUUGCCCCGGAGGAGAGCUGUUUGUGCUUUUAGACAGACAACCAACAAAGGUGCUGAAGGAAGAUGCUGUAAGGUUCUUUGCUGCCGAAGUAGUUGUGGCUUUAGAGUACCUUCAUUGUCAAGGCAUUAUUUACAGAGAUUUGAAGCCUGAAAAUAUUUUGAUCCAGCAAAACGGACACGUGGUGUUAACAGAUUUUGAUUUGUCCUGUUUAACAUCCUGCAAGCCACAGCUUUUAAUUCCUGAGAUCACUGAUAAGAAAAAGAAAAAGAAGAAGACUAAGGAUACAAAAGAACUGUACCCUAUCUUGCGCAAUACACAUCAGAAAGGUCAACCGGAUCCCAUCUUUAUGGCUGAACCAAUGCGAGCGUCAAACUCUUUUGUUGGAACUGAAGAAUACAUAGCUCCGGAAAUUAUAUCAGGAGCAGGUCAUACUAGCGCAGUGGACUGGUGGGCUCUUGGGGUUCUUCUAUAUGAAAUGCUCUAUGGAUAUACACCAUUUAGAGGAAAGACCAGGCAAAGAACUUUUGCCAAUGUUCUGCAGAAAGAUAUUAAAUUUCCAGGAAGUAAAGUGGUGAGUCUUCAGGCAAAGCAGUUGAUAUAUCGGUUGUUACACAAAGAUCCUAAAAACAGAUUGGGAGCUCGUGAAGGUGCAAACGAAAUUAAGCAACAUCCAUUCUUCCAUGGAAUCAAUUGGGCUCUAGUUCGUUGUCAGAGCCCUCCUAAGCUUGAUUCUCCUCUUUUCGAGCUGAUAGAAGCGGAAGCAAAAGCUGAAAAGGUCGAUCCUGGGCUACAAGAUCUUCAAACGAAUAUUUUCUAAAUCACUCCUUUAUGCUCCAUUCUAAGUGCAGCCUGUGCGAACUGCCAACAUAUAAAAGUCUCCGGUUCAUGUUCUGAUUUUCUUGAAGAUACAUAUUGUUUUAAUGCAUAUAUGUUGCCACAUUGAGCCUGUUCAUUACUUUAAUAUGUUACGGAAGUUCUUGGCAGUACAGGAAAACUAAUGUAUAUGGUGUUUACCUGGGUAGUAACACUCUCUGUAAGCAGAUAUUUUAGGGAAUGAAGUGGUGGUACCAUUGUUAUAGUUUCUUCCUCAAAAUUGUUGAUAACUUGAUACAAAUUCUCAUAAUAAGAAGUAAUGUACAUAAGUUGCCAGUAUUUUCAUAAAGAUCGUGGAUUGUUAGAAUUA